GGCGGGCACGUGAUUUCACUGUGUCACGUGCCACAGUGACGUCAGAAGGUCCUUCCCGUUCAUGGGAUUUAGCCUUUACCCUUAGUACUCCACUAAAGCAAAAUGGCGACGCCCAGCAGCAACCUAGUGCCGAGUGUUGGACGGGUGUUGCUGGAUACGAGUCUACCUUUACCAGCCCGAUUCCGUGCCCUGUUCACUCUUCGCAACCUUGGCGGACACGAGGCUGUGGAAUGGAUAGGGCGAGGCUUUAUCGAUAAGUCGGCGCUUCUAAAGCAUGAACUGGCCUACUGCUUGGGACAAAUGGGAGAUCGAAGUGCACUGCCCGUAUUGAGCGCUGUGCUGAUGGAUGGUAGCCAGGAGCCCAUGGUGCGGCAUGAAGCAGGUGAAGCUUUGGGGGCUAUUGGAGAUCCAGAAGUUCUAGAGCUGCUGAAAGAGUAUAGCCGAGAUUCCGUCAUAGAGGUUGCAGAAACAUGUCAGCUUGCCAUUCAAAGGAUAGAAUGGUUUCAGAGUAAUCCGGAUGCACCUGAUGAUAACCCUUUCUUGUCAGUGGACCCUGCUCCUCCUUCUGAGGAAAGAGAUGUACCAUCUCUGCGUGCUAUUCUAUUAAAUGACAACUUGCCGCUAUUUGAACGAUAUCGUGCCAUGUUUGCUCUUCGAAAUAUUGGAGGAAAUGAGGCAGUUCUGGCAUUAACAGAUGGUCUACAGUGUGGCAGCCCUCUUUUCCGCCAUGAAAUCGGAUAUGUCUUGGGCCAGAUGCAGCAUAAAGCUGCAGUUCCAGGGCUUGCAGCAGCAUUGGAUCGAUUAGAAGAAAAUCCAAUGGUCCGGCAUGAGUGUGCUGAAGCUUUAGGAUCUAUCGCGCUUGAAGACUGUUUAAAAGCACUUAGGACACACAUUGGGGAUCAAGAACAGGUGGUUAGAGAGAGCUGUGAGGUUGCAUUGGAUAUGUACGAAUAUGAAAACAGUGGGGACUUUCAGUAUGCAAAUGGUCUCAGCCAAGUCCAGGAGAUGGCCCCCUAAUUUUCAAUAUUUAUAGAGGAUAGCUUUUGACUAGUCUUGCAGAAUGGAAAAGAGAUUUUUGAUUACAGUUUGCAGUUCAGGAUUAGUUGAUCAUAUAUUGUGCUUUUAUUUUUGGGGGAAAUAGUAUACUGCAGCUAUACAAAUCUCUAUUGUGCAUAGUGAUUAAACAGUGUGAUGCAAUAGGCAUGGAAAGUAAAAUAAAUCCAUAAUAGGGAAAGGUCUAUUUUUUUCUGAUCAAUUAUGUUAAGAAAUCUAUCAUUUCUGUAAAACGUGUACAUGCUUAAAUACAACACUAUCGUCUUUUACAUGUUAUUGAUUCAUUUUCAUACAAGUACCAAGAAAUUCUACAUGGUUUGUUGAAAAUCAGAGACAACGACCACAUACACAUUCAAGGAUUCAUGUGUCAGCGCGUUCCAUACAUUUCUUCCCAAAAAUAAAAAUUGAUGCCAUUACAGGUAAAUCUCUAUUGUGCAUAGUGAUUAAACAGUGUGAUGCAAUAGGCAUGGAAAGUAAAAUAAAUCCAUAAUAGGGAAAGGUCUAUUUUUUUCUGAUCAAUUAUGUUAAGAAAUCUAUCAUUUCUGUAAAACGUGUACAUGCUUAAAUACAACACUAUCGUCUUUUA